GCGCCGCGGUCCCGCCAUGGUGCUGCUGGUGGUCAUGGGCGUGAGCGGCUCGGGCAAAACCACGGUGGGGUCCCGCCUGGCAGCCAAGUUGGGAUGGAAGUUCUACGAUGCAGAUGAUUAUCAUUCUCCAGAGAAUAAAAAGAAGAUGGCAGAAGGAAUACCCCUAAAUGAUGAGGAUAGGAUUCCAUGGCUUUGUGCACUGCAUGAUGUACUAAGGAGAGAAGAAGCAUCUAGACAAGAUGCAGUUCUGGCCUGUUCUGCGCUGAAGAAAAUAUAUAGAUGUGUAUUAGUCAGUGGAGCAUCAGCACUUGCAAGCAAUGAGACAGAGAGGCCAGGAGGAAACAUAGCACUGAAGAUCCUCUUUGUGCAUUUGGAUGGGCCUAUAGACGUCAUUGCUCGUCGACUGGAGAAGAGGAGAGGACAUUUUAUGCCACCUGAAUUACUUAAAUCUCAGUUUGAAACCCUGGAGCCUCCUAGAGCACCAGAAAACUGCAUUACAGUCAGUAUAGAAAAAUCUCUUCCCGAAAUAGUGCUGGAAAUUGAGCACGCUAUUUUUUCAGAAUGAGGCAUUUUCAGAGUUGUUUCUAAGUUAUAUAUACAGAGGCUCUCUCAAGCAGGUAAGAGUUGUAAAACAGCAUUUUGAUUAUUUUCUUAAGGCGAUACACAAAACAGAACUCUGAAAGCUCUGGGAAAAACAAUGGAAGGGGCAUCAUAUUGGCUUUGAAUUGGCAUCGUCUUGUGCAGAGUGCACACACUGAUAAAGGCGGCUGUAGCGAGUCAGCCAGGAAAGGAAUGUACCGAGCAUAGGAUUGUUGGACAUUUAAAAAAAAAAAAAAAAACUAACUUCCAUUCUUUCAGCAUUGGACCUUCUUUCACUUCUCUUUUUUGGUGUGCUUUAUUCUUACAGCUAAGCCUGUGUUAUGCCCAGUCUGCUUAUAAAUAGGCUUUCUUACAGCUAUGAGAUCAAACCAUUUCUAAUAUAUUUCUUCUCUAUAUAGUCACGGAAUUUAAGGUUUAACCCUUUUUAUUUUUGCCAUUUUUUUUUCCUGUUAUAGAAGAGAUGCCUCUUACCUGCAAAGUUUUCACGACGUUACAUUAAUUUCCCUUGGAAGGAUUCCACAAGUUAGAUUGAACGGAAUCUGCCCUGCGUACAAUUGCAGACAGAUUAUUAGUUCUAAGCAUUCUCUGGCAAAUUUAUGACUUUYGUUUUUUUAGAGGAUUAGUUAAUUGCUUUUUGAAUAAAACCUGUGAGUUGAAGUGCUUUUGGAGUAGUUCUUAUCUGGGUAACUAGCUGAAAGAUGUUCAUCUUGCUUCUCAGUUUGCAGUGUUAAGA